AUGUCGUUAUUAUAUUUAUGUCAACAAAUAACAAUUUAUGGUGGUUUAAUUCUUGUAAUUAUUGGUAUAUUUGGUAAUAGUAUGAAUAUUUUAGUAUUUUCAACAAUUCGUUCUUAUCGUACAACUCCUUGUUCAUUUUAUUUUCUUAUUAGUUCAAUAUUUAAUAUUGCUUAUGUAACAAUAAAUCUUAUUUCUCGUAUUGUUAGUACAGGUUAUGGAAUUGAUUUAACUCAUACAUCAGUUAUUUGGUGUAAAAUACGACAAUUUUCUCUUUUUACUCUUAGUUUAAUAACAAUAACAUGUUCAUGUUUAGCUACAAUUGAUCAAUUUUUAGUUUCAUCACAAAAUGUCAAAUUUCGUCGGUUAAGUAAUAUGAAAUGGACAUAUCGAAUUGUAUUUAUUGUUAUCAUUAUUUGGGUUCUUCAUGGAAUACCUCCAUUUUUAUUUUCGGAUAUUUCACCAAUUACAAAAACGUGUGAAAAUACUAAUGCAGCUUAUGGUAUUUAUAUUCCAAUAUAUCUUCUUGGUCUUAUUUGUGCUAUUCCAAUAAUUAUUAUGGUAUUAUUUGGAUAUUUAACUUAUCGAAAUAUUCGUUUAACAAAAGGUCUUGUUAGACAAUAUGCUGAUCGUCAAUUAGUAAAAAUGACAUUAUUUCAAGUAGUUCUUGUUGUCAUAAGUUUUUUUCCAUAUGGAAUAUAUAGUACUUAUAACUUAAUUACAAGUGGAAUGACCAAAGAUGCAGAUCGAUUAUUACAAGAAUAUUUUGCUUUAACAAUUCUUAGUCUUGUACCUUAUUUUUAUUAUUCCGGAAGUUGUUAUACAUUCUUAAUAUCAUCUAGUCGUUUUCGUCAUGCAGUGAAAGAUCGAAUAUUAUUUUGGAAACGAAUAAAUCAAGUAUUGCCAUUACCAACAGUAACAUAUGGAAAAUGA